AUGGCCUCGCGGUUUAAUAAUCGGCUUUCAAACGGCAAGUUUGGCAAAGUUUCACAAAUAAAUACUUCCCACACCAAGGAAAGGCUACUAAAGGCAAUAAAUUCAUGGCGAAAAACAGCAAGAGUAGAGUUUGAAAGUUCCGAAGCUCGUAAAUACGCGAACGGUGACGGUAUGUACAAGAAAAAAAUUUCAUAUUCAAUAAUUUCGCUGCAUUUCGAUAGAAUUUUUGCUAAACUUACAAGUAAAAUGGUAGCCUGCGAACAGGCUCUCAAGCUGAAUUGAGAGCCUGCAUCGAUGACGAAUGAAUUUGAAUAUCUGCGUCUCAAAUCGUGACGCGAAAUUCUCAUUGGUCAGAUGCUAUAAUUUAUAUGUUUCCGCUGAGCUCUAUAUAUGUCAACUGCUGAAGCACUAUGCAUAAAAACACAUUAAAUGGUCAAAUUGGUUUUAGCCAUCUCAUCUCAAAGCACGAAAUAAUCUGAUUUGAGAAAACAGUAUUUAAAACAUUUGAAUUUUUGCUUGAAUAUCUUAUAUUUCGAUAAACAGUAUAAACUGUACGGUCUAAAUUUAGUUUGCACGGUCUAAAUUUAGUUUGCACGAAAGUUGUAAACAACACCAUAUAAGGACAGAACUUCCAUAUUUGGAAAAACGAACGUUACGGAGCAGAUAUUCAAAUUCAUUCGUCAUCGAUGCAGGCUCUCAAUUCAGUUGAGAGCCUGUUCGCAGGCUAGUAAAAUGGUUGCUCUUGAUAGCAACAACGGAAAAUAGAGGAAAAUAUGCCACAUGGAAUGAAAAUCAUCGAUAUUGAUGUUUUGAAAGACAAGCUUUCAGAAUUAAUUGUCAAUUUUGUCUAAAAGGUAGCUGCGCGGUUUGACAAUUUUUUAUCACACCUUUUAGUCUAUAUUUUUACAAAUUUAACACAGUAUUUCACUUGAUUUUGUUUGUUAUUCUCGCCCAAGCUACUAACGAAAAAUACCUAAACACUCUUAUGCAAAACAAAUCAAAAUAGUAGCAGCUUGUACAAGCACAACAAAUAAAUAAAUAUUUCACUUGAUUUUUUACAAAACAAAUAUAUAUUUUACUUGAUUUUGUUUGUUUUUCUUGGCCAAGCUACUACAAAAAAUAUCUGAACACUCUCUUAUGCAAAGCAAAUCGAAAUUCUAACUACAAAUGCUACUGACUACAGUAUAAACAGCAACAGAACAUCAUAAAACAUAUUCAAUCUUAUAGCCUACACUGUGUAAAAAUAUCAAAUAUAAUUUCCUGAUACUAGUGUAGUAGAGAACAAACUUAUUCAUAUACCUCUACAUAUACUAGACAAUUUAAAAUUCUAAAAUUUAGGUCCAAUAUUCUUGGCCAACAUUAUUGAUGAAAAAACAAUAUGGUUUAGCAAGUCAGUUCAGACUAAAUUGCCAGUUCUGUUCCAAAAUAAGUAAUACCUCAGCAUCUAAUAAGUCUGGCAAGUCUGGAUGUAAGUUGGUUACGGUUAUGUUUGUUGUACACUCAAAGAAUUAGGAAUAGAUCCUGGAUUGAACUGUAUCAAAUACACCUGCAAAGUGGAGAAAAAGAAAAGUAAAGAUAUCGACAGAAAAAACUCAAUUUUAUUCAAGCAGCGCAGAAAUCAACUUCAUAGCCGAAGAAUCCAAGGCACUGCGAAAGAAGAAAAACAAGAAUUAGGCCCAGCCUAUAAAUCAGGUAUUGGUACUGUAUGA